AUGAGGUCCGGUGGACCUCUGGGCCCAUGGGGGUGCCCACUCAGAUCAGAUCCAGCGAACAUACACAAAGUCACGAUAGGAGGAGCCAACUUUGCUAAGAAGGAGAACAACGUCAUUGGUUUGACUGACGCUCAACUAAGAGCAGUCGCAGAAGAUGUCGAUCCAGAAUUGAUCAGGAUCGGACACGAGGUAGUCUCACGACAAAAGCAAGAGACGUUCGCACAAGCUUGGAGGAAUCAUUGGAGUGCAGGAAUGUGGAGUUUGUUCUUGAGUUGCGCUUUGUUCAUGGAAGGUUAUGAUACUGGAUUGAUCUCCACGUUCUACGGUAUGCCUCAAUUUCAAGCCAAAUUCGGUAAACCCCAUAAUGGCAAGCUGGUCAUUCCGGCAUCGUAUCAAGGCGCUCUUCUGAAUUUGGGUAAAGUCGGUCAAUUGAUCGGUCUAAUCAUCACUGCGGUCUUCUCGAUCAAUCUCGAUAUGUUGAUCGGUGCAGAGCUGGCUAUGGGUAUCCCUUGGGGAAUGUUCCAAACCCUUGCUACUGCUUAUGCCGCUGAGAUCUGCCCUAUCAAAUUGAGAGGUUACUUGGCUGCCUUCGCCUCAGUCGGAUGGGGAGGUGGUGGUUUCAUAGCCUCUGGUGUACUCAAAGGAGCCCUUCACCUCAAUGGCAAUCUGGCAUGGAAGGUCCCCUCCGCCCUUCAAUGGAUCUGGCCAGUCCCAUUGGCUCUAGGAUGUUUCUUCGCUCCUGAAAGUGCAUGGUGGUUGGUCCGAAAGGGAAGAUUCGAAGAGGCCAAAGCGACAUUGGUCAGAACCGCUCGACAAGGUUUUUACGCAGAGAAUGAGGCUGAGGGUUAUAUCGCUUAUAUGAGACAUACCGAUGCGAUGGAAAAGCUGGAAGCUAAGAACGGAAGUUGGAUUGAACUAUUUAAGAAAGGUCCUACUCUCAGACGAACUGAAAUUAUGAUUGGUACCUGGAUUGUGCAAGUGGCGAAUGGAAAUAUGAUUACUGGUUUGACCGUCGAGUUCCUUAAACAAGCAGGUAUGAGCACCAAAGAAGCGUUCAACAUGAAUAUCAUCCUCCAUGCUAUGGGUAUCGUCGGUGUUGGUCUCUCUUGGAUCUUCCUGGGAUACUUUGGACGAAGAUCAAUCUACUUAUCCGGUUUAAUUUCCGAAGCUGCCUGCUUGUUACCCAUCGGUAUCCUAGGAUUCGUCGAGAAGAGCGAUGCAAGUCGCAAAGCCACUGGUGGUUUGAUGAUCAUGAUAAACUUGAUCUUCCAUUUCUCACUUGGUCCAGUAUGUUAUUCGAUCGUGGGUGAAUUGCCUCCAUCAAGAUUGAGAUCUAGAGCCAUCGUCAUGGGUAGAUUCAUCUACGUCGUCUGUGCGAUCAUUUUCCAACAGAUCAACACAAGGAUGGUAGCUGCCGAUGGAUGGAACCUUAAAGCUAAGAGCGGUCUUUUCUGGGUAGGAUGCAAUGCCUUCUGUCUCCUUUGGGCAUUCUUCAGAUUACCCGAAACUGGUGGAAGAUCAUUCACAGAACUCGAUAUCUUAUUUGCCAACAAGGUCCCAGCGAGGAAAUUCGAGAAUACCGUCGUCAGAGACGAAGCUGCCGAAUAUGGUGUACAGGGUAAAGAAGCUGUCGAUGUGGUUCAAGAUGAGAAAGAAGCUGUUGAAGAUGUUCAUGUCGAACAUGCUGGAAACAACCAACGAGCCGCUACUCAUACUUUAACUUAA